AUGGCCCAUACGCGACUGGUAAGUCGAUUUGGUAUUUCUGGAGCUUACGGAUUGCAGCGGGAAAUAGUCAGUCUUCACGUCGGCCAAGCCGGCUGCCAGAUCGGGAAUGCGUGCUGGGAGUUGUACUGUCUGGAGCACGGGAUUCAGCCGGAUGGUCGAAUGCUUUCAGAUGAGUCGGUGGGAGUCGAGGACAGUUCGUACAACACCUUCUUUGCCGAAACUCACUCUGGAAAACAUGUCCCCAGGUGUGUGUUUGUCGACUUGGAGCCGACUGUUGUGGGUAUGUGGGCUUUUAUUAGGUAGUAGUGUUUAGACGAGGUCCGAUCGGGCACCUACAAGAAUCUGUUUCAUCCAGAACAACUGAUUACCGGCAAGGAAGACGCUGCUAACAACUAUGCUCGAGGGCAUUAUACGAUCGGAAAGGAGUUGAUCGAUGUUUGUGUCGACAGAAUCAGAAGUGAGUUUAUUAAAGGGUUGGUGAGGGUUUUAUUAUGGUAUAUUCAUCUAUUUUAAGAUUGCCUUGACUAAUUUAGCUUACUAACUUAUUAACGAAUGAAUGUUUUAGAAACAGUGGAAGGAUGCCACAGUAUGCAAGGAUUCCUCAUAUUCCACUCCUUUGGAGGUGGAACAGGCUCCGGCUUCUCAUCCUUGUUGAUGGAACGACUGUCUGUAGAUUAUGGCAAGAAGAGCAAACUUGAGUUCAGUAUUUACCCUGCUCCCCAAGUCAGCACAAGUAAGAGAACUAUAUUGUUUUAGACUCUUUCAGGUGUUGUUGAGCCGUACAACUCGAUUCUGACUACUCAUACCACGUUAGAACACUCUGACUGUUCGUUUCUGGUCGAUAACGAAGCGAUUUACGACAUUUGUCGACGUGAUUUGAAUAUCACAAGGUAAAGUUGAUAUACGACAGUGUUGGGGGGAAUCCUUCAACUGGGUCGUGAAGUGAUCUGUUUUAUAAUAUGGAAGUACGUUUCAGACCAACAUACACAAACUUAAACCGAAUCAUUGCUCAAACUGUGUCUUCCAUCACGGCUUCGCUUCGUUUCGACGGUGCACUGAAUGUAGAUUUGACCGAGUUCCAGACUAAUCUGGUGCCAUAUCCUCGAAUCCACUUUCCUCUAGCUACAUACUCACCUAUCAUAUCAGCGUAAGUGAAAGUUCAGAAUUUUGGUUUAACAAUUGAUUUGUAGCAAAACCAUUUAGUUUGCAAUAAUUUUAGAAUCUUGAAGUGAUAUAACAUAGUUUAAAAUAAUAUUUGAUGACAAAUUGCUUACAGUGAAAAAGCCUUCCACGAGAAUCUGAGUGUGAAUGAGAUCACGAACAGGUGUUUUGAGCCUGGCGCUCAGAUGGUGAAGUGUGACCCAAGGAACGGAAAAUAUAUGGCAUGUUGUCUACUGUAUCGUGGCAAUGUCAUACCAAAGGAAGUCAAUACCGCCAUCGCCGCCAUAAAAACGAAACGGUCGAUUCAGUUUGUAGACUGGUGUCCGACUGGCUUCAAAGUCGGCAUCAACUAUCAACCACCAACCGUGGUACCCGGAGGUGAUCUGGCCAAAGUGCAAAGAGCUGUGUGUAUGUUAUCUAACACCACAGCUAUAGCCGAAGCUUGGGCGCGUUUGGAUCAUAAGUUUGAUCUGAUGUAUGCGAAGAGAGCCUUCGUACAUUGGUAUGUUGGAGAAGGUAUGGAGGAGGGUGAGUUCUCGGAAGCUCGAGAAGACAUGGCAGCGUUGGAGAGAGAUUACGAGGAGGUUGGAUUGGACACUGCUGACAAUGACGAGGAAGAGUACUGA